AUGGCUAAUCCUGCGAGCGAAACAUGCAGAUCCUCCAGCGUAUUCGGCGAGGGAGUAGAGUUGGAGCCCUUCUUACGACUCUUUGCCGCCGGAUCCUUGUCGACUUCUGCUUCCACUCUUUCCGUCACGACAUCCGAAGGUUCGACUGAAGGCCAGAGCAGCUCAAAGGGGACCCUCAACAGGCGCAAACUGAAAUCAGGCAGAGCAACCCAGGCUUGUCUUGAAUGCAGAUCUCGCAAAUUUAUUUCCGUCUUCAACAAGAGGAUAUGA